AUGGCAACACGAAGAUACGCGUUUGGACUGUUAGAUGAGGCUAACCAUCCAGACUCCAUUAGAGCAACCAUAGCUGAAUUUGUCUCCACUUGCAUCUUUGUCUUUGCAGCAGAAGGCUCUGCACUUGCUCUGCGCCAGAUUUACAAGGAUCCAGGAGCAUCAGCGGGUGAGCUAGUUGUGAUUGCAGUAGCUCAUGCCUUUGCACUGUUUGCUGCUGUGUCUUCCAGCAUGCAUGUAUCAGGUGGCCAUGUCAACCCUGCUGUGACCUUCGGUGCACUUCUUGGAGGCAGAAUCUCAGUUGUUAGAGCCGUCUACUAUUGGAUUGCUCAACUUCUUGGUUCUAUUGUGGCUUCCCUCUUGUUGAGGCUUGUCACCAACAACAUGAGACCCCAAGGAUUCAAUGUGUCAUACGGUGUUGGUGCGGCACACGGCCUCAUAUUCGAGAUUGCCAUGACAUUUGGUCUCAUGUACACUGUCUAUGCUACUGCUAUUGAUCCCAAAAGAGGCACCAUUGGCAACAUUGCACCCUUGGCAAUUGGGCUCGUAGUUGGGGCAAACAUCCUCGUUGGUGGGCCUUUUGAUGGAGCAUGCAUGAACCCUGCUCGGGCUUUUGGGCCUGCCUUGGUGGGCUGGAGAUGGCACUACCACUGGAUCUUCUGGGUUGGCCCAUUUCUUGGGGCUGCCCUUGCUGCACUCAUAUAUGAAUACAUAAUGAUCCCAACUGAGCCUCCUCAUGCUCAUCAACCAUUGGCUCCUGAAGAUUACUAG